CGCAAUCAUUCAAGCAACUAUAAAGACACAAGAAUUCCUAAACUUGACCAUCUGACAUAGUACCCUCCAGUUGAGAUCUAAAGCAUUUUGGCUCUCUGACUAAGGAUCUAAUUAAGCCUCGGAUACAACUGAUCACUAAGGAGACAGAUCGACUUUAAUUCCGAGAAUGGAUACAUGGUGGAAUGAAAUGGAGACAAGGAGCAUGAAUGAUCCUAGUACUUUUGUCAAUCACAGCCAGAUGAUGAGCCCAUUUAAUGAAAUGCCUUUCAAUAAGCCCUUCUCCACUUUUUCUCCUCCUCAUUCCUCCAGUAUCAUUUCUAAUUACAGCUACUCUAGUUCAGUGUCAGCCAAUACUGUUGCCAAAAGCAACUUUGAAAAUUUGAACACCUUGGUCAAAACUGAGAUGCCAUCAGGAACUACCAUUAACUUCUCCUCUUCAUCAUCAGUUCCUAUGGAUUCUAAUAAUUUCAAAGAUGAUCAAAGGCUAAUCCAGGUCUUAGGAUUUGGAGGAGCUGAUGAUACUACGCAGAAGAAGAGUUACAAUAGAACUGGUUUGCAGGUUCAAGACCACGUUCUUGCAGAACGAAAGCGAAGGGAACGGCUCACCCAACGCUUUAUAGCUUUAUCCACCCUCCUUCCUAACCUAAAAAAGUUGGACAAAGCAUCAGUACUCGGAGAUGCUAUCCAAUAUAUAAAACAACUGGAAGAACAAGUAAAAACCCUUGAGGAAAAAGCCAAGAAAUGUAGCGAGGAACCAGUGAUUGCAGUUAAGAGACCUCGAUUAGUCUCCACUUAUGAUGAUUCCUCGUCUUCUGACGAAAUCUCCAGUAUUAGCACAGACCGAUCAUUUCCAGAUAUUGAAGUUAGAGUUUCAGAUGGUAAUUUUAUGAUUAGUAUCUAUUGCAAAAAGCAAACUGGGAUAAUAAAGGAAAUAUUCAACGAAGUGGAGAAGCUUCAUCUUUCUAUCAUUAGUUGCAGUGUUAUGCCUUUUGGCUACUACACCUCCCACAUGACCAUUAUUGCUCAGAUGGAUCGUGAAUUGAGUAUGACACCGAAUCAUGUUUCGAAUAUAAUCCGUGCCGUUAUGAUGAAAGAAGAGGCCAGCUCUAUUACAGCAUAGAGAAGAUUUUCAAGAUUUUUUAGAAGUUAAUUAAGGUCUUUGGAUAUAUUCGAUUCAAUAUCCUAUUAAGUGAUAAUAUUGUUUAGAAGAUAAGGUCUGCAGAUCUCUUUUUUUGCGGAUCAUGGUGACCUGGAAGUGGUGUCAUAAUGACUUUGUUUAGGGUUAAUGGUUUCCAUAAUUGUGGACUGAGGUGCUUUAAUUAGCUUUUUGCGGGUUAAAAAUUUUGGACCCCGUUUUGCAGUUGCCUCAUAUGCUACAAUUGAGACUAGCUCUAUCUAUUUGACAAGUCAUGGAAUUCAACUAAGUGGUUUUGUUUUCCUUAAUUUUUUUUUCUUUUGUACUUCUUUUUUGGGCUUUAACUUACUAGUGUUUGUCCUUUGUGUACACUACUUAAUGCGUACUCUUGUCUUUAAAGUGUUAUAAGAACAUGUUCAGUGAAUUUUAGUG